UGGCCGGGCACUUACUGCAACGGUAUUCCCUUCAACAAAUGUUGCCGCCCAACUGCAGGCACGCCGGCACCGGACUUCUUUGUGCAGGCCCUCAAGCCGUAUAAUAUCACCACUGGUGAAACUGUGACUGAAUGCGCCAUCGAGUGCUGCUUCUCCCUCAAGUUGGUCAAGAAGCUCAUAGAUGACUUAAAUCAUUACUGGAGCGACGUAUCCUGCCCCAGCAACAACGGGCACAGACUAUGGGAGGACGUCUGGUGCACCUACGGCACUUGCUCCAACCUCACCGAAUCAGUAUACUUCCAACGGGCUCUCGCCCUCAGAGCCCAGGUGAACCUGCUCUCCAUCUUCAAACGCAACGGCAUUGUGCCAUCUAGCACCAAAUACUACAGCCUCAAGGGCAUCCAGAAAGCGCUCAAAGGCAUCCCUGGGUCGUCGACUGUGGUGGAAUGCAACCGGCAGUGGUUGUUCUUCGGGGACUACUACCUCUACAAGAUCCACAUUUGUAUCUCCAGCGAUGCGAAGUCGAUCAUCAGCUGUCCUAUCAAGAAGAGCACCAUCAACUGUGGCAGCGAAGUUAAGUUCCUUCCUUUUGACCCUCGUGAGCUGCCCGUCAGUACUGGUGCCCACAACAUGCCGGCGGCCAACCCCAUCAAGAUGCCUGCAGCUGCCAUAGAUAUGGACAUGUAACUUAGCAGCUUGAUCUAGCUCUGAUCAGUUCUUUUUCUUCUGCUAGCUGCUUGCUUCCAUGAUAUAUAUAUAUAUAUAUAUAUAUAUGAUGAACUAUGACAAGGGUAUAUGCAUGGUUGGAGAUGUAUCUGAUAUGAAUCAUCAAUAGACAAAAGUAUGUAAU